AUGGUUUUUCUGCUUCAUUUCGGACCCUCCUGCGAGAGCAGAGGGUGGGUUGUCGCAAGAUUAGUCCGGACUAUUGGAGCUCAGUGUCCCGGCAUGGAAGGGAAACAGUCUUAUCCAAUCAGUGCUUCCAUUGUUACUGCUACUUCGGCCGAGCCGGAUGAGGUCGUAGGUUCCGCUCAUCCGAUAAUUGGUGUGCUAUUUUAUGUUACCAUUAGGGGGAUGAAGAUAAGUCUGUGUAGUUUGGCACGGUACAUAAAGGAAGAAGGAGCUAACUUGAUUUUUAGACAUGGAAAGUCAUCAACAUUGACGUUAGGGUGUUUUCUGCUUAAUUAA